UUCAAAAUUUCUGGUGGAAAAUGUAAACAUUUUAAUAUAUGUUAAAGUAAUUUUGAAAAGUAAUAUUCCGGACAACACAUUUUCUACACGGUUUCAGUAUUAGAGAUAAAUUUGUGUAAAAGGGAAAUGGAUCUGCGACGUUUUUGUGAGGGCGGAGGAGAUGUGGAUUCUCUAUUCUUAAACCUCUUAGCUCUUCCGAACUAUUACGACUUACCAAUAAUUGGUGGAAGGUAUGCUGCCGAAAUAUGUCCCAAUUAUCAAGUUAUUGUACAGCGCCAAUUUGAACAGAAUGUUCGUUCCUGCCAUAUUCGCUUGAGAAGGCAAAUGGGCAUACCUGAUACAGCGUUUGAGUUUUUUCGCCCACAUGUUCCAGAUAAUGAAAAUAUUUUGAAUCCACUAGUCUUCACUGAAGAAUAUAGUAGAAACAAUCGAGCCAAACAAUUGCGAUUUCAAGCAGUCCUCGAUUUCUUUGUCAGAAAAUAUUAUAAUGAAGCUCAGACCGAACUGUUACAAAUGAUUCAUUCCAGAACUAAGAUGAGGUAUUGUAUUCUAGCUGCUGUUGCCAUUGGCGCUGUACUAUGGUAUGGGUAUCACAAAAUUCGCCAAAACUAAAUUCAUUAUCUCAACUGAGCUUUAAAAUAAUCGGUUCAGCGAAAACGUGGCUUAAGCCUUACCAUUUAAGAACUAUGAAGAAAGUCAAAUAGAACUGUUGCAUUUGUAAAGAUAGCAUAUUUUGUUUCAACUACUGUCAUCAUACGCUUUACACUUUGGCACAACUGCAACGAAUUUCCAAGCCGUUUAUCUCAUAUAGAACGUAGCGGCAUGUAAAUCUUUGGUAUAAACAAUUAAUUAAUUAUAAACACAUAAUCACUUUUGUAAUAAA